CGGUAUCGCCUCUCCUCCCCCACAAAUUCCCACCGCAGGAGGCGAGGAGCGGAGAAAGAACUCCUUCCUUUCCGUCGCCGACGAUCUCAAUCGCACUGGAAACCGCUCAUCGGUCGUCGACGACGGUCGCAGAGCUGGAAAGAUCUCAUCUUUGCGAUUUUCCCUGAGUCAUCUUCUCGUUCCGUGUCAAACCAGGGAAAAGGAGGGCGGGAGACGUGUAGGACACGUAGUAUCCACCUCAGAUCGUUUUGUGCUUCUUUGAUGGUUAUCGUUUCUGUCUAAAUUUGAUUGUCUGUCGUUUAAAGAUCCUUAUUUGCUUCUUGCCGUUUGGAUUGCGAAGCCCUGGAUCUGGAAAAGCAAACAAAGUUUGGUUCUUUGGACGAUUUAUUCACAAUCGUUUAGUUAUUUUCCAUUCAUCGUACUCUGUACAAAGAAUUUCAUGUUUGGGUGUUAGAAUUGCUCGAUUCGCUGUAGCUUCUUCACAGAUCGAAGGGUCUUGGCAGGUUGGUUCUCGAAAAUUUAGCUUGGAAUCUCUGCCCGCAACCCGUUUGAUCUGGUUCCCGUUCUCAAAAUUUGAUCUUUUCCAGCUCUGCGAUUGAAAUUUAUCUGUUGCUUGAAGCAAACUUCUCGAGGCCUUUUAAUCUUCUCUCGUAGAAGUCCUACUUUUGGGUGUUACAAAUGACUAUCGUAAGCAUUUCUCCCGAUGAGAGCAAUGGGCAGCGAAGGGGCAAAAGGAUUCUUGAUGAGACAGUUCCGCUGUUACCGAGCAAGCAGGAGGAAACUGGGGAAUUUGAUGAGUUCAAUGGAGCUUCUUUUGCUGGGGCUGUCUUCAACCUAUCAACUACCAUCGUCGGAGCAGGGAUUAUGUCCCUGCCCGCCACCAUGAAAGUCUUGGGGCUGGUGCCUGGGAUUCUCCUGAUUGUAUUCUUUGCUUUCUUCACGGAGCAAUCGAUUGAUAUGUUGAUCAGGUCUAGCCGAGCAGGGAAAACGGUUUCCUAUGGAGGAGUAAUGGGCGAUGCAUUUGGAAAAACCGGCAAGGUGUUGAUUCAAUUGUGUAUUAUCGUGAACAACGUCGGCGUGUUGAUUGUAUACAUGAUCAUUAUCGGCGAUGUGCUUUCUGGAACAUCUUCGAGUGGCUACCACCACUCUGGUGUUUUGGAAGGAUGGUUCGGGCAGCACUGGUGGACUAGUCGUUUUGUCAUUCUUCUGGUCUCAAUGCUGGCAGUGUUUGCUCCAUUGGCAUGCUUCAAGCGUGUCGAUUCACUGAGGUACACAUCUGCCUUAUCUGUUGCCCUGGCAGUUGUUUUCGUGGUAAUUACAGCAGGGAUUGCUGUUGUUAAAUUGCUUGCUGGAAGCAUCGCAAUGCCCAAAUUAUUUCCGGAUGUACCAGAUUUAGCAUCUGUGUGGAACUUCUUCACGGUGGUCCCAAUUAUUGUGACUGCAUAUAUCUGCCAUUACAACGUUCACCCUAUAGAGAACGAACUCGACGAUCCUUCCCAGAUAAAGCCUGUUGUACGAACAUCACUAGCGCUUUGUUCCACGGUCUACAUAACCACGAGCUUCUUUGGGUUCCUCCUCUUUGGUGAAUCCACCCUUGAUGAUGUGCUUGCCAAUUUUGAUUCCAAUCUUGGCAUCCCAUACAGCUCUGUUCUGAAUGAUGCAGUCAGAGUUAGCUAUGCUGUGCACCUCAUGCUUGUGUUCCCCAUGAUCUUCCAUGCCCUGCGGGUCAAUGUGGAUGGCCUACUUUUUGCAUCGGCCAGCCCCUUAGCUUCAGACAAUAGGAGGUUUGCUAUAAUUACAGUGGUGCUUCUAUCGAUCAUUUUCUUGGCUGCAAAUUUCAUUCCCAGUAUCUGGGACGCCUUCCAAUUUACUGGUGCAACUGCUGCAGUCUGCAUUGGGUUCAUUUUUCCUGCUGCCAUUACACUCAGAGAUCCUCAUGGCAUUGCGACAAAGUGGGGCAAGAUCCUGGCGGUUUUCAUGAUCAUCCUCGCCGUUCUGUCAAAUGCCAUUGCUAUAUACAGUGAUGCCUAUUCUCUCUUUAAGAAGACCGAUGCCUCCCCUGAAUCCUAGGAUGAUUUUUAAUGCCGGUGGCUCAUAUAUAUAUAUCGGAUAAUGUAAUUGUUGGCACCCUGUAAGUUUUCUCCUUCAAUAAUAGACAGCUCAACAUAUAGGUUGAGUUGCAUGCUCCAUGUAUGUAACCUGUACAAUUUCUUAAUCUGGACCUGUUGUUUGAACAUUGAUAAUUGUCAAGCUGGGCCUGAAAGUAUGAGAAUGUCUGUUUCUUCUCAA